GGACGACAACAUUGACGUCAGCUAUUGAAGACGAAGGAAUCAUGGCAGAGGAUGGAAAGGCUCAAGUGGAUCAACGAGAAGGACUUCUGAGGGAAGCAAAGUCGAAGCAAGACGCCCUCAACGCUCUCCUCGAUCGAAUUGAGCAAGUCAAGGCCGAACACGACAAACUCCAAGUCACCAAUCAGUCAUUGAACGACUACAUCGGCAAUUUGAUGGGUUCAGUGAAGUCCAAGUAAGCGGAACGGCUGUCAAGGACAAGCUCAGGGGAGAUAUGAUGUUUGUGGUAGAGGUUGUCAUUCAGUGUCAAACCGCAAAAGGAAGGGGCAAACUGACGAGCGGCGGAGAGCUCGCGGCCGCCGAUGUUCGGCGGCACGCACAAACCCAGAAGGAGAAGAACCUGGUCCGAUGAGCGCAAGAUACCCGCGUAGAUAAUGUACUCCUGAAAGAAUUUCAUUCACUC